CGGACCACUACGGUUACCCGUUUGAGUACCGCAACAGGGUGGGCAUCUCGCUUGCCGCUAGGAAAAUUGUCAACUAUUUUUUUCAUACGCAUGGUUUGGAUUUAUAGGAUUUCCCUUUGCAUUACCCUUGAAGGCCUCGGUGCCAUCUACAGUAUCGGCUGUUACCUGGCGAUCGUCCUCUACGUACUAGCGAGGGUCUAUUUGGUUGUCGAGUGUUUCAUCAAUCUUGUCCACUUGCCCGAAUCGGCAUACAAGCUUCCGGAGUGGUCGCAGUACGUGCCGCAUAUUGGGUAGUUGUCUUAGUGCGAAACAGCGUUGUGAUGGAGGGAUAUUGCCAAGGGUGAAAGUCUAGAUACUCCCGAUGAGGCGCAGGAAGUGGACGGGGUCGAGCCAGCGGGCCUGGCGGAAGUCGUCGGCGUUGGAGCCGUAGACCUCGUCACCUCGGUGGGCUGGUAGAUUUCCUAGACUGGAAUAGUGGAUGGCCGUGCCUUGCCAGCGGAGAUGGGGGAUCCCGUCUUGCGCCACCGGCGCCGAAGGCGAGGGGUCGUGUCGCGGGUUGCGGGGCGGAUGUUAACGGGGACCGGGAAAGU